AUGCAUUCCCAUUUCGAAAUGAUAGGUCUCUCCGAUCUCGGAAAGCAAGCACUUCGCAAGCUACUAUGGUUGGUUGCCGUGGUAGUUUCUUUGGAGUUUCUGGUGAACUCAAUAUCAUGUGCAACUGAGGCGAGUUCGCCGGAGCUAGGCGGAGUCAGGAUUUCAGGUCACGUCAAUGAAGAAAACCCCUCGCUUCUUUUGGGCGGUCAGGCGCCUCAGAUCGGACGCGUUCGCGACUUCGAUAGCACAGGCUGUGCUUCCGCUCCUUGUGAGUGGCCUGUCGUCGGUGCAUCGUCUCUCGAACCACAAAGCGAACUCAGAAAACUUGGAGCAUCUCAUAUGCUAGAGAAGGCCAUUGAAACAGCAGGUGUUGCUGCGAGCGAUUUACUCCGGCCACACCUAGGCGCCCUUGCAGCUGGUGUUAACACCUACUUUCCUCAGGCUGUCGCCUCCCUCACGCCACUUCCUCCAUCCGGUAGUUCCAGGCAGGAUGACUCAAGUCACUAUGCAUCGCAGCGAGCACCUCCUCCUCAAGCUCGGGGAGGCCGAGGAGAACUAGUACCUUUUUCCCAAGCAGCUGUUGCUUUGUCGCAUCCGACCGGACUCCACCAUGAUGUUGUUGCUGACCUCGCGCGACAUCCGGCUUUUUUGUUCACUUCCUCCACUACCUCCGUACGCGACUCAAUAGCAGGGUCCGCGCCGGCUCUGACUCGAGUAAGCGUGCUCAGAGACACUUUGUCUGCAGCCGGCUCUGUUCUUCCGCGACCGCGCUCGUCCAACGGAAGAGUUGAUCUCGACCAUGGAGUCUCCGGGUCAGAACAAGACGGGCUCCCAGGAAGCUAUACUCCACAGUCCAAACAAGAAACUGACGACCGGAUUUUUACGAAGGUGGACAUGCAGCUUCCUGCAAGCCCUGGAUCUCUGUCUACAGAUUCCUUAGCAGCUGUGCAGCAGCAUGAUGCUUCCACGGGUGUUGUACCCCACCCAGUAGGAUUUGUUCUCAAGCCAAGGCCACCUGUUGCUGACGACAAGUGGGCAGCUGUUUCAGAGAGAAAGUGGGUGGAAGAUAAGAAUGUGAACACAGUGAGAGAGGAGACCAUGAAGCGGCUGAGACAAGAAAUAGACGAAACCGCGAAGAAGAGGAAGGCUUCGUUGGAGGUCAGAACUAAUGAAUCGGGAAAUCGAGUGGCGGAAGGCUUGCUGCCGCUUCUCUUUAACCCGGAUGUCGCAAAUGCAGCUGCUGCUGGUGUGAUGGUCGAAUGUAAAAAUCCUGUGUUCUCUGUUCCGCUUGGUGGAUUCGUCACACUGGAUCUUCGAGGGCUGGACAACGACAUCUACCAGCUUUUUCUCUCUGGAGUUAUGUCGGGCAAACAAGAUAUUGAGCUGGAUGUGUGGAAUUCUGCUGGCAUCUACUACGAGCAAGAAACACGUUUUGAAUGUCGAGAGUUAGGCACGUCCAAAAUGAAAUUUUUCAUUGCUGGCAAACCGACAUACAACCUGGUGCCCAAAGUGAUCUUCUUUUGUUCGGCCACUGUCGUCUGCACGACAAACCCUGCCUGGAAAGCUCCUUUUCACAAGCACAUGCUUGUCGAACACUGA